AUCCUGUCUUUAAACAAGCCUGUCACUGCCAGUUCAAAUUAUGAAGAUUACUAUCCAAAUGCUGGCCACAAACUCAUUUACCUCGUAGAUGGGAUAACAAAUGCACCUGGAAAAUUUCACACGUAUUAUGAACCGUAUCCCUGGGUGACGAUCGACCUUGAAAAAUAUAGUAUCAUUAGGGAUGUGGUUAUGUAUAACCGCGCCGAUGAUCAUGGUCGAUGGCUUCACAGCAUGGAGAUAAGGGUGGGAAACUCUUCUGUCUGGUCAGAGAUGGCUACUUGUGGCACUUACCCAGGACACAGUGAGACGGGUGCUAUAAUUACCAUUGAAUGCAGACUAUCACGUUAUGGAAGAUAUGUCACUCUGAAGACAGUUCAACCUAACUACAUCACAGAUGACUGGAAUGCUAGAAAUGGCAACAAUGCAUUAGUGCUUGAGGAAGUUGUUGUCAACAAACUUUAUUUGUGAAAAAAGAAGAAAUAUUGUUUCAAUUAUUGAUAUUACAAGUUAGUUCAAUUUAGAAUAGGAAAAAAAUGAAUUAAUAACGAAGGGUUUAUAAUAUUUUUCUUAAAUAAAGAAAAACUCAUUGCGAUUAACGAUCAAAUCAAGAUAAUAUGGAAGAAAAUUAGGAAUGUAGGAAAAACUAGAGACGAGCUCGUUGCAAGCAACGAUUAAGUCUUUCGCUGUAGCUGCGUUAUAUUUGUGACGUAACACAAAAUUGAUACCUGACCAUGCUACAAUACUAGAUGUAUAAAAACUGAGUAAAAGAGACAAAUGCUUUCGAUAUACGUAAGAGUUUGUUUCAUGAUGAUUUCAUUGUAAAAGGCAAUUGCCUUCAAGCCAUAUACAUGCAACGUUAUUGAUAUACCUCCGAUAUGUUGUGUUAUUAUAGUCCUUAUAAUGCUUAAAACCGUAUUAGGCUAAUACAGUCAUGCAUUUUAUAGUCUUAGAUUGGAUGAAAAUAUCUUUGUCGUAGGCUUUUUUCGCUUAGGGCUUAAUUAGUCAUUUUUUAUCAAUUGUUCGGGGAUUGUUUGGAACUAAUAUGAAAAAAAGGUUGCGAUCCGUUUUUAAUCGCACAACUUUAUUGUUAACUCUUUAGCAAUGCAUGCUCGGAAAUGUAAUUCAUCGUGUUAAUCGUAUUGAAUGUGUAAACAUACCAGUACCAUUUCGAUUAUUUCUAAAACUGCAUCACUUGAUUAAAUCUAAUCACAA